AUGCGAUCCAUUUGUCGGCCGUCUUUGCUGUUGGCUCUACUUCUCCUUUGCUUCCUGUCAUUAAAUACCGUGGGGGCUUCUUCCUUUGCAUCAAUAUUCAGAUUUCGACAUUUUGGUAGACAUUCCAAGCCCACAAGCCGUAGAUUGUAUCAUAGCAAUCCGAAUCCGGAUCCCGAUCUAGAUGAUCUAGAAGACUCUAUCACAACGGAAGAGAUCGAUCAGGUUCUCAAUGAACUUAUUGCAUCCGAUGGAGGUCUAGUUCUGAAUCCAUAUGUGCCGUCGAGGCGGUGGCUUUAUCAACAAUGGAGCGACUCGGUAUUGGCACAAUCCGUCCCUCGGGCGGCUUGGAACAUGUGGGGAACCGCAUUCUUGUGCGUGCUUCUGCGGCUUAUCUUGUAUGGGGAGUUGGAUUUUGCACAAAUGCCUGGUGCUAUGAAAACAUCUCCGCCGCUUUAUAUGCCUGUACUCUUGGAAAUCUGCCAAUGUGUCAACGUCAUUUGGAAGAGCAUGUCAACCUUGACAACCUUUCUCCUGCUCUUUUUUGUGUCACAAUCAUUUUCAUUUUGGAGGUCCAUUCAUGAAGUAGCUAGGGGAAUCCAGGGACAUAUCGAUGAUCUGCAUCUCCUUCUGGUGACUCACGUCUCUAGGCGGCGAGGACCCGGUAGCUACUCUGUUGAUGCCGAGCUCUUUUUGCAAGACUUGACAUCAAAGCUAAGGGCAUACCACAUUUGCGUGUGGGCCACUCAUGCGAGGCGAUUCCGGAUCCUUUUGACCGACAAGGGAAUUAGUCGGAUGGUAGCCAAAGGCAUACUUACCAUCAACGAGAAGGAAGCUUUGGAUCGGCAGCUGGGGGUGCCAAGAGACCAAAAGCACUACAUAUUACUCGAGUGGAUCUUGUUUAAUUGCAAAGAAGCGAGAAGACGAAGAAUAGUUGAUGGGGGAGGUGGGAUGGAGCAAGCAAUACUCAGCAAGUUUUGUGCUUUGAGGGAUUGUUCAGCUCAGAUGAAAGCCAAAAUCAGUACUCGAAUGCCGUUACCAUAUAUUCACUUGGUUCAAAUCUUGCUUGACCUUUUCUUGACAAUGGCGCCGCUGGCCCAGUUUUCUGAGUUGGGCAUCUUUACCGUACUAUCUUCUGGUGUGCUGACACUCUUUUAUUCCGCCUUAUUUUCUCUGGCAACAAUAUUUUUGGAUCCAUUCGACAAUGAAGGAGAUUUCCGAGAUGGAUACGCUCUGAUGGACUUGGCUGUCUUGGUUCGAGAAUCUAACCUUUCGUCAAAUCUGUUAUUGAAGGCCGCUUCAAUUCUGAAAUGGCGUGAUACAGCACGAAGACGAUGA